AAUCUCUCGGACAAGUUGAUGGGCCACCGCGUGCCGCAGAGCUUGAAGGCCCCCGCGUCGCAGGUCAUCGUUGAGGCCACCAAGGUUGCCGCCGCGAUGUGGGAGGCCUUGAUCAUCGACGUCUUGAAUGGCACCGAGACGUUUGACGUGAAGUUCGGCUCUGGCGUGGGCAUGUCGGCGCUUGCCAUUCUCACGAGCAUCGGUGACCUGCGAGGGCCCCUCAGAAGGUUGUUGGAGAUCGCCGCCUGCCCCGAGUCGGAUAUUCCUUCUCACAUCUUGAGCGCAUGCAAUCUCAUCGAGGAGUUCAGCUCCGCCCAGAAUUUCGACAAGAGCAAGUACCCCCGCGAGCGCGUCAUGUCCUUGAAGAGUGCAAUCGCGACCAUGUCCGCGAGCGAUCGCUUUUCAGCCGAAGUGAGAGAUGGUGUCAAAGAGUGGCUGGAGCAGAACGGCCCUGAGGAUAACAAGCUGAUGAAGUUCGUCACGGAGGAGAUGGGCAAGGUCACGGAGGGCAAAUUCCAACCUCUCAUCGACUACGUCAAGACGAUUCUCGCCACUCCGGGCGGGGAGCAGAAGAAUGUGCAAGCUGAAGUUCUUGAGGGUGCCAUGGACAUCGUCAAAAUUGCGAUCGACAGCGGCGACGUGAUGCUGAAGCGAGAGGUGUUUUUCAUGACGGCCUUGGCGAAGGCGCACGUUCCCCUGAAGGCCUUGAAGAGCUCGGUGGCGUCCGCGACCGAGGGGGGCAAGCGCGUCCAGAUCGAGGCCGGCUUCUGCAAGACGCUGGAAAGCGCCCUCAACUGCUUCAAGGACUUCAACGACCGAGCCGCCGCAGACUCCGAUCAGCUGGGCGAGUUCUUCAAACUACGAGGCGAUGGGCAUCAUCCGUGCCCCAGCUUGGUGGACAUAUGCGACGCAAGGUCUGUGACCGAUGACUUGAGGAAGAUUGGCGAAGAGUCGAUCAAUAUCGUGAGCGAGUCCUGGACCAAGAGUUUGACCGAGGACCGCGAUGCGCUCCUCAACGGCACGCCGCAGGAGUACCAGAUGAAGAAGAACGAGGUCAUGAGCGACGCCGAGCUGUUGAAGAAGAUGGUCUCCAAUGAUGAGUUCCAGAAUGUUGCCAAGCUCAGCUCCAAGGCGCAGGUCGAAUUGAACCUCAUCAAGAAUGUCCAGGCCGGCCCCAUCAAGCUUGUCGGCCCCGAGCUGUUCAAGUCUGCCGGCGACGCCUGCGCCGUGAGCGCUGGGUACGUGACCACGACCUACGCCGUGUUCCGCAUGUCAUCAGAGCUGGCCCCGAUGGCGAAUAGCAAGGGUCGCAGGGUGGCGGCGCAGCGUCUGAAAGACGAGCUCUCCAAGAAGAAGCAGUGGGUCAACCUCAGCGCCGACGUUGCGGCGGCCUUGGACAGGAUGAUCACGGGGACGAUGGAGGACGCCGAGGCCGACUCCAUCAAGGCCAUCGUCCCCGAGGAGGGCGACGCAGAGGAGGGCGACGCCGACGGCGCCGCAGAUGCUGCUGCGUGA